CACACGAAAAAUGACGGAAUAUAUCCACCUUUGUCAAUUCUCCCCGCGCGCGGCGCGAUGCACCAAGGCUUCUCCAUUAAUACAAGCUCUAUGACAUGAAACCAUAGCAAUUUCUCUCCUCCAUGGCUCCAUGUAUAUGUACUCAAAGAUUAAUACAAGCUCUAUAGGAUAUACAUACCAUCUCUUUGGUUUUAUCGUGUAGUUGCAUUUGUGAAUCUCCGCGAAAUAUGUCAAUUUAAAUCUUUAUAAAGUUACACGCAAACGAAACCAAAGAAUGAGAUAAACAAGUUAAAAAAUAUUGUGGAUAUAAAUUAUUCCUCAUGUUGCAUAUGGAUUUAUUCGUGGUAUCGACUUUAAGUUGUAUCUUGGAUCUCAUCAUACCAUUCCUUAUUAGAUUUAUUUUAUCAUAUCUGCUUAUGCAAAAGAAAUAUGACGUUGAGUUGCGAAAGGAGCUGAGCAAUUUGAAAAAAGAUAUGACAGGACUCUCUAUGGUGGAUGAGUUUGCCAAAUAUAUCAAGCUCCAACGUCAAUGCAACCAUAUAGAAAGUAUACUGAGAGGAAACAUGAAUCAACGACUGACUUGGAGAUUGAAAUUACAGACGUUGCUAAUUUAUAGCUUUUAUGCUGUGAAUGGUAUCCUCAUCUUGUGGUUAUUAUACAUGUAUAAAAAUGAGCCAAUUAUCAUUCUCUCAGAGAAUGUACUAUGGCCGAUACAAAAUUUUCUGAGUUGGCCAUGUCAACAUGAGAAUGCUAUUUCUUUAUUAGCAUGGCUCGUCAUCACCCGGUUAGGAAUAUCAGCAUGCAAAAAGCUUCAUAUGUGAUCUAAUAAGUCUUCAUGUAAAUGAUUAAUCUAUAUCUUAUUAUAUAAAUUCUGCGAUUGAUAAGUAAGAUUAGGAACGCUUUGUAUUAUUUAGGGAAGACUUUAUCAUAUGUGAUUCAUCUCGAAUGUUUAAUUUGUUAAAUAAUUUAUCAAAAGAUAGAAUAAACAAAUUUCGUGGCAAC